AUGUCGACCACGGAGGCUGUUGGUCAGUCAACUACUUUUAAGUGUGGCCGUCAAGGGAACCCGGAUCUCCGUCUGCUGCAUUACAACGACGUCUACCAUGUUGAUACCGGAUCCGCAGACCCGGUUGGAGGAACCCCGCGCUUCCAAACUCUGGUCAAUUAUUAUAGAAACGACGCCAGAUUCGCUGGGCUGCCCGCUAUCCUAACAUUUUUCUCUGGAGAUGCCUUCAAUCCCAGCCUUGAGAGCACUGUCACAAAGGGCCGCCAUAUGGUACCAUUUCUCAACCAUGCGGGGACUGAUGUCGCUUGUGUUGGCAAUCAUGAUCUUGAUUUCGGAAUUGCGCAGUUCAGGCACUUAAGAAGCCAAUGCAAGUUCCCAUGGCUUCUAGCCAAUGUUCUAGAUCCCGCCUUAGGUGAAAACGUCUCUCUAGCGGGCUGCGAGAAGACGUGUAUUUUGACCUCGUCCAAUGGAAUUAAGGUUGGGGUUAUUGGGCUGGGAGAACGGGAAUGGCUUGCGACAAUUAAUUCUCUUCCCCCCAAUAUAAUAUAUAAAUCCGCUUCUGAAACAGCCAAAGAAUUAGUACCUAAGCUCCGAGAACAGGGUGCCGAGCUAAUCAUUGCCAUUACCCACCAGCGAGAGCCAAAUGAUAACAAACUCGCUAAUAACACCCCUCCAGGCUUGAUUGAUAUUAUUCUUGGUGGCCAUGACCACUACUAUAUGCACAGUAUCCAGAACGGCGUGCAUGUUUUAAGAUCUGGCACUGACUUCAAACAGCUCAGCUAUAUUGAGGCAUGGAGAAAGAAAGGCCAGCCUGGCUGGGACUUUAACAUUACACGUAGAGACGUCGUGCGCUAUAUCCAAGAAGACGUUUCAACUCUCCAAUUAGUGGCAAAACUAACGUCCUCUCUGAAAUCUAAGCUACAGAAGCCCAUUGGCUAUACUGCGACCCCGCUUGAUGGCCGCUUUUGCACUGUAAGAACCAGUGAGUCAAAUCUUGGGAAUUUCGUGUGUGACCUCAUGCGGUUUUAUCACGGUGCAGACUGUUCAAUCAUGGCCGCCGGUACAAUCCGUGGAGAUCAAAUUUAUCCUCCCGGGGUACUCAGGGUUAAAGAUAUCUUGAAUUGCUUCCCAUUUGAGGACCCUGUUGUGGUGUUGAGAGUAAAUGGGUUACAAUUGCGGGCUGCCCUGGAAAAUGGAGUCAGUCAACUUCCCGCCCUGGAAGGCCGUUUCCCCCAGGUUUCCAACAUUCAAUUUGCAUUCUCAACAUCACGGCCCAGUGGUGCUCGAGUGCUAUGGGUGAAGAUUGGGAAUGACUAUAUUGAGGAUGGUAAGAUGUAUACUUUAUCUACAAGAGGCUACAUGGCAAGAGGCAAAGACGGGUUCUCGUCAUUGCUUGUGAAAAGCGAGGGUGGGGACGUUGAAGAAAUUGUUUCGGAGGAGGACGGCCUUUUGUUGAGCACUAUCUUGCGUCAAUACUUUCUAAGUUUGAAGGUUUUGGGGAAAUGGCACCGGUUUAGCCGGAGUCUCCAUCGACAUUGGGACACGGUAAACAAUAAGAUGAGAUAUGAUGGCUUGACCAAGUCUUCUCAGAAAGCUGGUUCUGUUAAGGCGCGACUGGCUACUGAUCAGGCUCCUUCUCCGUGUCCCAGCCUACAUUAUAUUGCUCUCCGACAGACAGCCAAGACACCGGCGGAGGUUCCUACAUGUGGCGCAGAUGACAGCGAAGGAAGUCUUAUGGACUCCGAAUCAGACUCAGAAGCUGAUAUACUCUCACGCCCUCGAACAUACAUCACGAAGCCUGCAAUAUCACAAGACGAUGCCGACCACAGAGAAUACCUGGCGAGGCAAGUUCUCCGAAAAUGGCGCCAAAAAAUUGGGCUGGACGACAAGAAAGUGCAUACCGUAGGCGAGGCACCGAACGAUAGUCUCCCACCAUGGACAAGGGUUAUUUCCCCAAAGAUAGAGGGAAGAAUUAUUCAAGUGGACGACAAGGAAGUGAUUAAACCAUAA